AUGGCGGCGGAGGCCGUCACGUGCCCGGCGCCGGCGGCACCCCGCGCGCCUGCGCGGCACCUCCCCGGAGGGAGGCGAGAAGAUGGCGGAAGCGGAGUGAGCGCCUUGUCCGAGGCUGGACGAACACUGCACAGCUAUGGAGAAUGAACCAAACACAACAACAUGUUCUGCAUCUACAACUACUAUCACUACCACCUCCACUUCCCGGACACAGCUACCGCAGAUAUCAGUCUACAGUGGCUCUGACAGGCAUGCUGUCCAGGUUAUUCAGCAGGCCUUGCAUCGUCCUCCUAGCUCAGCUGCUCAGUACCUCCAGCAGAUGUAUGCAGCCCAACAGCAGCAUCUAAUGCUGCAGACUGCUGCUUUGCAGCAGCAGCAUUUAAGCAGUACCCAAUUCCAGAGUCUGGCAACUGUACCACAGGCAAGCCUGUCAGGUGGGAGGCAAUGUACUUCCCCCACUGGGAAUGUCACUCAGCAGUCAAGCAUGUCGCAGACCUCGAUUAACCUCUCCACCUCUCCUACACCUGCACAGAUAAUAAGCCGUUCACAGACCUCCAACACCACCAGCAGCAGUAUUACCCAACAGACUAUGUUGCUGGGGAGCACCUCUCCAACCCUGAGUGCAAGCCAGGCUCAAAUGUAUCUACGAGCUCAAAUGCUCAUUUUCACUCCUGCGACCACUGUGGCUGCUGUCCAAUCUGACAUUCCUGUUGUGUCAUCAUCUUCCUCAUCUUCCUGUCAGUCUGCAGCUACUCAGGUUCAGAACUUGACACUGCGUAGUCAGAAGUUGGGUGUAUUGUCAAGUUCACAGAAUGGCCCACCAAAGAGCAGCAGUCAAACUCAGUCGUUGUCUCUGUGCCCUAAUAAACCUGUAACCAGUUCCAAGGGCAGCCAACCAGAUCCCUCAGAAAGCAAUAGAAAAGGCGAGAGCCCAACUCCGGAGUGUCGGAGUACACCAGUCACACGGACAUCAAGCAUACAUCACUUAAUAACACCAGCUUCAUAUUCUCCAUUGCAACCUCAUUCUCUAGUAAAACAUCAGCAGAUCCCACUUCACUCACCAUCUCCAAAGAUUUCUCAUCAUCAGCUGAUAUUGCAACAACAGCAGCAAGUCCAGCCUAUAGCACUUCAGACUCAUUCGGGUCAGGAGCCCCCUCCAUCGCAGCACUGUCUACCACUCCCAAGCCAUGGUCUUCCUCCAGGUCCCAGCAGUGUGCAGUCUCAUUGCUCACCUAUUCACAUGCAUCCUCCACCUCUAACACUAUCUCCUACUCCAUCCCAGUCAGCUCAGCAGUCGGUAGUGGUGUCCCCUCCACCUUCUCACUCCCCUAGUCAAUCGCCCACGAUAAUUAUUCACCCUCAAGCACUUAUUCAAUCACAGGCAAACUCCCUUGUGCCAGCAGCAAUUCAGCCAGAGCAGACUGCUCCUCAGCAAACUACUGCCAAUCCAGUUCGACCAAUUGCACAGCCACUUAAUCUUCCAUCACAUCUUCCACUUCCAUCUUCCCCCGCUGUACAUAUAGCGUCAGUAGAUCAGCCCAGCUUAGUUUCCCCAGGCCAACAGAUCGUGUCCUCGACACCGCACCAGCAAUAUCCAGCCUUGCAGUCUGCACCCAUCCCUCUUGCAGCUCCUCCUCAGCUUUCAACAUCUUCAGCCCAAAUUCAACAACUGCCGUUGCAGUCUGUGCAGUCUUUACAAGUGCAGCCUGAAAUUCUGUCCCAGGGCCAGGUUUUGGUUCAAAACACUUUGGUUUCUGAGGAAGAACUUCCUGCUGCAGAAGCUUUGGUACAGCUGCCAUUUCAAACUCUUCCACCACCACAGACUGUUGCAGUAAAUCUUCAGGUGCAACCAUCAGUACCAAUUCAAUCUCCAGUGAUUUACCAAGUGGAGAAUGUAUGUGAAGAAGAGAUGCCUGAGGAAUCAGAUUGUGUCCACAUGGCUAGAACACCUACGCCACCCACUUUGUCUCCACCAGCCGUAAACUUGGGGAAUGGAGAGGCACUUAAUUCAGAAGAUCCAUUGUCAGAACACGGGGGACUACCUUCGGUGACGUCAUCCGUCAGUGCCUCAGUAAUUAAAUCUCCGUCUGAUCCUUCACAUGCUUCUAUUCCACCACCACCUCUUUUGCUUCCAGCAGCAACAACAAGAAGCAACAGCACAUCAAUGCCCAAUAGCAUUCCUAGUCUAGAAAAUAAACCUCCACAGGCUAUUGUUAAACCACAGAUCCUGACCCAUGUUAUUGAAGGCUUUGUGAUUCAGGAGGGGCUAGAGCCAUUCCCUGUAAGUCGUUCAUCUUUGCUGGUAGAACAGCCUGCAGAAAAAAGAUUGCUAGUGGAGGGUCAGAUCAUGAGUGUUGUGUGUGUUGAAUCAGACUUGCAGAAUACAAAACAUGCAGACAACUCAUCGGACACAGAGAUAGAGGAUAUGAUUGCAGAAGAGGGACUGGAUGAAAUUGAAAAUGAUCUUCUGAAGUGUGAAUUUUGCGGGAAAAUGGGAUACUCCAAUAAGUUUCUACGGUCAAAAAGAUUCUGUUCCACAUCCUGUGCCAAAAGGCACAGCCUUAGUUGCACUAAGAAAUUUGGGCUGUUUACAUCAGACAAGACCAGUCGCUGGAAUCGGAAAUCAGAUAGCCAAAGUCUUGGGCGACGCGGGCGUCGACCGAGUGGCCCUGACGGGGCGUCACGAGAUCAUUUUCUUAGACAGCUUCCAAUUACUUAUCCAUCCCCAGAAGAAGAUAUGGCUCCUCAUGAAGAUGCUGUUCCAGCUGCCAUGACCACCCGUCUGCGAAGACAGAGUGAAAGAGAGAGAGAACGUGAACUUAGGGAACUAAGAAUUAGGAAAAUGCCAGAGAGCAUUGACUUGUUACCAGUGGUGCAAGCUGACCCAUCAGUAUGGACUGUUGAUGAAGUUUGGGCCUUUAUACAUUCUUUGCCUGGUUGUCAAGAUAUUGCGGAUGAAUUUAGAGCACAAGAAAUUGAUGGACAAGCUCUCCUCUUGUUGAAGGAGGAUCACCUUAUGAGUGCAAUGAAUAUUAAGCUUGGACCUGCAUUGAAAAUCUGUGCACGUAUCAAUUCAUUGAAAGAAUCCUAAGGGGUGAACAUGAAGGUUUAAACAACAGUUUCUCAGUGACAGAACUGACAGUAAUACGCCAACAUCUUCACUGUGGCAUGAGUGUUACUGUGAUGUUUUGUUAAAUAUAUGGGCGUUUCCCCACAUAAAGACUUUAAAAUGUUCUUUUGAUUAUACCAGGUAGUCCUCUGUAGUUUCCAACAAUUAAUAGGUUCAUGGUAAAGCCUGAGUAAUACUUUGAGUUGAAGUGGUAGUUCAUGGAAAAACAUGAAGUGAAAUAUGCUGUGAUAGGUUAAAUAUUCCCCAACAUGUACUUCAUAAGUUUAACACCCCAGCACCCACCCCACCCUAAACACCAUGUAAAUUGUGUUGCUGUAUUCUGAAAGAUUUUUGCCACAUACAGCAGGUUUUGGACUGAAAUAACAGACGUGUCCACAGACCCUGUGGAAGCACUAAUAACGGUAAAAUGCUAUGCAUUUAGUUGUUUCUUUUAGUCUUGAGCAAAUUGUAAGGGGUAGGUUGGCAGCUAGUUUUCCUUGUAUAGGCUUACCCUCAUCUCUGCCACUGUAGUAUUUUCCUGAAGUCUGGAAAUACUAUAAACCAUGUAGAUGCCUCAUCAAAAUCCUCAUCAUCAGGCUACUGAAAUGCAAUGGCUUGACACUCUUUCCAGAGGUAACUGAAGCACAUGUUACUUUACUCUUUGUAUGCUGCUAUGCACUAAGAGGGCAUUAAGUUGUUAGGUUUGUAGUUCUGCAUGCUGCUAGUUAAACUAGACCAGCAGUUCUCAAAUGGGGGUUCAGAGUGGAUCCUGAGAAGGCGUGAGAAUACUCAGGGUUCAGAUUCCCAAAUGCCUAGGUGUGACCGGCUGAAAACUGCAGUCAGAACUAGCUCAUGUUGAGACAAGUGUACUUCAAAGACUGGAGGUAGAGAAGGGAUGGCAUAGCUCAGAUGCUCUUUUUCUUGAUACCUCUUCUAACUUGUCUUUCUCUGUAGUGCAUUCCCAUUGCCUCACUGGAAGCUUCCAAGCACCUUUUAUUUGUCCACUGGCCAGCGUGAGCUGGGCUUGCAGUAGUCUGAGGAAGGAGCAUGGUGAGUUGCUCACUGAGGUCCCUUCAGAGCUGGGUGUAGGAGUGGCUGCUGCUGCAGUGAGGGAGCCUGGAGCUGUGGGUCAGCAGGAGGAGUGCUGCCUCUAGGCAGCUCUGGGGGAAAUCUCUAGGGGCCCUGCUUUGUCCCUCUAGCAGCAGAUUUCAGUUUCAGUGCUGCAGCCCCAGGCAGUGGGAUUUUAGUGUCUCCAUCUUCCCUCUCUCUCACACGCUGUGUUAAAAGUAUUUCCCCAGUUACUGACACUCUCAGAAGCUGCUUGGGCUCUGAGGCAGCAGCACCUUCUCAGCCUUUGCUUCUCAUCACCUGUGUAUGGAUGUCCAUGGAUGUACUUUGUACCUUCUUUUCCCUCCCUUUUGCAGCUCUGCUCCCCUUAUGUACAGACCAAGAUCCCUAAGCUCUUGUACAAGGAAAGAAGGGCACAUGUGCUGAUAAAGUUGUUGUGUAUAUUUGAAUUAAAUAUGUGUAUGUGUCUGCAAAUAAUGUACUUUGUAUUUUAUGCAAAUUAAUGCAUAAUAUAUGACUGUGUAGGGAGACAUUCAGGGUGACUGUAAAGUAUUCUUGAAAAAGAGUAACUGAUCUAAAGUUUGAGAACUGCUGACCUAGAUCAAAAGGAGUCAAUGCACAUACACUGGCUGAAAGGAAGGUUUAUGGCAGGUAGAUUAAUAUGUAUAUUAUUUAACUGAUGACGUUAAAGAGUAAAUUGGGAUUACAGAAAAAUCUGUGCUUCAUUUUCCUUUAGGCUCUUGCUUUGUUUCUACUAACAGACUUUCUACUGAUAUCUUCCAGAGAUAAACAUUAGAAUCAUUGGGUUUAAUUACAACUGUUUGAGCUUACUAAUAGCAGAUGUUAUUUUUAUUAACCACUGAAGCUCCAAGUUAGGACAACCCAUUGCUGUUACGUGCUAAUAUGUGGUGAGAGCCCUUAUCCAAAUGGCACCAAAGGCUGUAGAGAACUAAUUGAUGUCUGGGUUUAUUUUGGAGGGAAGUUGCUAAGCACUUUCUAAUUUGUUUUCUCUGUCUUCAGUUACUGUUGUAAAAUAAACUUCGUAGUUGAAGGUU